GGAAACCCCGGCGGGGAGACUCGUCCGGAGAAGCGGCGGCGGGAGGAGAUGUGGCCUCAUGGAUGAGCUGGUACAUGACUUGGCCUCAGCCUUGGAGCAGACAUCUGAGCAGAGUAAGCUUGGUGAGCUGUGGGAGGAAAUGGCCCUCAGCCCCCGGCAGCAGAGGAGGCAGCUUCGCAAGCGGAGGGGCCGGAAGCGCCGCUCAGACUUCACUCACCUGGCUGAGCAUACCUGCUGCUACAGUGAGGCCUCCGAGUCAAGCCUGGACGAAGUCGUUAAGGACUGUCGAGAAAUGGCUCCAGUCACCAAUUUUAGUGACUCUGAUGACACCAUGGUAGCCAAACGGCACCCAGCUCUCAACUCUGUUGUUAAGAGUAAGCAACAUUCCUGGCAUGAAUCCGAUUCAUUUACUGAAAAUGCACCUUGUCGACCACUCAGGCGCCGUCGGAAGGUGAAGCGAGUGACCUCUGAGGUGGCUGCCAGCCUCCAGCAGAAGCUCAAGGUGUCAGAUUGGAGCUACGAGAGGGGCUGCAGGUUCAAGUCUGCUAAGAAGCAGCGUUUGUCUCGCUGGAAGGAAAAUACUCCCUGGACCUCGGCAGGCCAUGGGCUGUGCGAAUCAGCAGAAAACAGGACUUUCCUGAGCCAAACUGGAAGGAAAGAGAGAAUGGAGUGCGAAGCAGAUGAAUCAAAGCAGGGCUCGGAUGAGAACAUGUCGGAAUGCGAAACCAGCAGUGUGUGUAGCAGUAGUGACACUGGGCUCUUCACCAAUGAUGAAGGCCGGCAAGGAGAUGAUGAGCAGAGUGAUUGGUUCUAUGAAGGAGAAUGUGUCUCAGGUUUCACUGUCCCUAAUCUUCUGCCUAAAUGGGCACCUGAUCAUUGUUCUGAAGUGGAAAGAAUGGACUCUGGACUGGAUAAACUUUCAGAUUCCACCUUCCUGUUACCUUCUCGGCCAGCUCAAAGAGGGUUCCAUGCGCGCUUGAAUCGUCUCCCAGGAGCAGCAGCUCGAUGCCUCAGGAAGGGGCGAAGGAGGCUUGGUGGGAAGGAGACGAGCUUAAGUACUCUAAGUACUGAGAGGAUAGGCCACAUCAUUAGUGACUCUCGGCAGAAAGAUUUCUGGUUACCGUCCGCUGGGAAAAGAGAACGAAAUCAGUUUAAUCCCCUCUCUCCUCUCUACUCCCUGGAUGUUCUUGCUGAUGCUUCUCACCGAAGGUGUUCACCAGCCCACUGCACUGCCAGACAGACAAACAUACACUUGGGACCACCGUGCUCACGUGACAUCAAAAGGAAGCGGAAACCUGUGGCCACAGCUUCUCUGUCUAGCCCUAAUGCAGUUCACACGGACGCAGUGGAAGUAGCCCCACCAGCAGCUCAUGCUCCGAAAUCUCCAAGCCCUGAGUGGUCUAUCCGAACGUCUGCUGCAGAAAAGGCCGCCAACUCGCCUACAACCACGUUUUUUAAAAUGCCUCAAGAGAAGAGCACUGGGUGCAGCUAG